CACGAAACUUUUACUCAAAUAAUUACUGUUUGACGUAUUCAAGUUGCUUUUUAUUGUUUCUUGCAUCUUCGUGAUAUAAACAGUAACUAGUUCAAACUCAAAGUUAAAUAUAAUUGCGACUUUAAUUCGUCAUAAGUUACUUUGAAACUUUCAUGUUGUUUUAAUCUAUCGACUUUGAUCCAUCCAAGUUGAUUAACGGAAUAAUUUGGUGCCAGUGAUUGUACAGACUUCAUUUUAUUAUAAGUUUACAUGGAAAUGGCAUUUGAAAAUAAACCAGAAUCAAGUACAAACGGACAUGCAAGUGGAUUAACCAGAACUGUAGCCAAUGAUUCAAUCAGUAAUCCUGGUGAGGAGGCUCAUGGUACUUGUGCUAAUAUAUUGACCAUCGUUUCAAUCAUAUUUGCUGUUCUUACUGCACCUUUAUCAUUAUUUUUCUGCGUCAAAGUUGUUCAAGAAUAUGAAAGAGCCGUUAUCUUCAGGUUGGGUCGAUUGUUGAGUGGUGGAGCUAAAGGUCCAGGUAUUUUCAUUAUUUUGCCCUGCAUUGAAAAUUAUACCAAAGUUGACCUAAGAACUUUAACUUUUGAUGUUCCACCGCAAGAAAUAUUGACCAAAGAUUCAGUCACAGUUUCAGUCGACGCCGUUGUUUAUUAUAGAGUGAAUAAUGCAACCAUAUCAAUUGCAAACGUUGAAAAUGCUCAUCAUUCAACCCGAUUGCUGGCUCAAACAACCUUACGGAAUAUGCUGGGAACUCAUAAUCUUCAUGAGAUUCUUUCUGAUCGCGAAUUAAUUUCAACUUCUAUGCAGACUGUAUUAGAUGAAGCUACUGAACGCUGGGGAAUCAAAGUUGAACGAACUGAAAUUAAAGACGUUCGUCUACCUGUACAAUUACAACGAGCAAUGGCAGCUGAAGCAGAAGCAGCACGAGAAGCGCGAGCAAAGGUUAUUGCCGCUGAAGGUGAACAAAAAGCAUCCCGAGCAUUGAAAGAAGCUGCUGAAGUGAUCACUCAGUCUCCGGCCGCGAUUCAAUUGCGCUACCUUCAAACGCUCAACACCAUUUCUGCGGAAAAAAAUUCAACCAUUGUGUUUCCAUUUCCUAUUGAUUUACUGGCUAAACUUGUACAAAAAUGAGGUCCAAUUUCAUUGAAUUCACCAAGAAAGCGAAGCAAAUUUAUUAGGUGAACAAAUGAGUUAUAUUAAAAGGUUACAAAUUUCAUGGGCUCAACAUAAAACCGUCUGGUGAUGAUUAAUUCGAGGAAGGAUAAAAAUUUGCAAAAAAAGUAACCUUACGAACUGAUCAUGUACUUUAACCUUCAAUCAUACAGAGCACAAUAGCCCAAAUAGCCGUUUUUGAGUCGUUGAUAAUUUUUUUGUCCUUUGCGCGAAUUAUUUCACUGAAUUUCAUAAAGUCAAUGAAUCAAAGUUUUGUUGAUAAUUUUGCAGGUAAAAUAGUCGGCACUACAAGGUGCAAUAUUGCUUCAAAGUCGGCAAGGUUGAUUUUUUAUGAAAACAUAUCGAAACCUUUGAACUUAUCAUCUUGCUCAAAUAAUAUUAACUUUGUGAUAGGAGUAACGAAAAAUCAGCUUGAUCUAACUCUGAAUUGUACGAGCAUUGCAAAACAAAGGUAAAAUUUGGUGCUUUUGUGAUCUACGAAAAGACAAAAAAGUUAUAAACGAUUCAAAAAGGGCUAUUUAGAUAUUAUGCUCUUUAUAACAUAAAAUUGUACAUUCAAUGAGUUUUGAUCAAUAAAAUAUAACAUUAGACUUUGACUGAA